AUGGAGAACCACCAGCAACUAAACCGGGAGGUUGCAGCAAGUAAAACCAGUGCCAACAGUCCAGGAGACGCAAUGCACGGUGGUUCUAAUUCUUCCGCAGCGGCCAGCAAGGGUUUUGUCAGCCAUGCUGAUCAGACUUACAACUAUGGCGACGUUGAGGUUUAUUUUGCUUCAUUCCCCUCUGGUUACCGCUUCAAGCCCAACGAUGAAGAACUUGUCUUUGACUAUUUACGACCAAAAGUCAAGAAUAUGAGGCUUCCCCCCAAUGUGAUCAGGGACGUUGAAGUCUAUAAGUUUAGCCCUGAUGAUCUUGCAGCUAAGUUUGCCACAAUUGGAAAGCAUCAGAAAGAGUGGUACUUUUUUAGUCCAAGAGACCGGAAGUACCGCAAUGGUGACCGACCAAAUCGAGCCGCUGGCGAUGGCUACUGGAAAGCUACUGGAGGCGAUAAACGUAUUUUCAAAGGCGAGAAAGAGGUGGGGUCGAGAAGGGCUUUGGUGUUUUAUCGUGGUAAAGCACAAGCCGGUAGUAAGACUGACUGGAUCAUGCACGAAUAUAAUUUCAAGGAAAGUGAAGAUCAAGAGGGGGUCAGUAAUCCUUCCAAGAAGAAAAGAGGGGAAAACAGCAUGAGGCUUGAUGGCUGGGUUUUAUGUAGGAUAUAUAAAAAGACUAAAAAAUAUAGCAAUAGAGUUUCAAGUCGUCAACAAGAUGCUGCAAAUGAUGACAUUAAUUCAGAUCAAAAUGGAUUGCAAAAGCCAAACAAUCAACUUGAAAACAACUAUACUUCUCAAGUUCCAAUUGAAAAUGGUGUAGCUGAGAUCACUCUGAUGCCAUCUAAUGUCUACAACAUGUCUAUUGCUGCCAGUACAACUUACAACGAUAAUGACAUGGUGCUUAACCAAUAUUCCAGAAUUGAGAUGUAUAAUCAGUCCAUGGAUUCUCACAACAACAUCAUGCUUCCUCAGAUGCCUUUUGAUCAGUAUUCUAAUUUACUUGAUCAUCAUUCCAUGGCUGCAUAUCCCUUUCCCAUGAAAGGAAGCUUCAAGAAUGAAGAGUUAGCUGAUUUUUCUAAUUUCUCUAGCCUUGACUCGACGUUCCUAGACAUGACUAUCGAUUCUGAUCUUUCUCCACUCGACUGUCUUAGCCAAUUUGAUAACAGUGAUCAACCUCUAUACAUGACCAGUUUGGAUAAUAUUGUGGCCGCCCCAGUAUCUUCAUCAGACAUUAAGUAG